GUUUUAUCACCCGCUCGGGCCGCACGCGUUUCGCGCCAUUACUUCCCUCGCAAUUAAAACAGAACAAUGGAAUAGACGUCAUUAAUAGAUUAUCUCACUGUGAUGUAAUGACACAAGCGAGGGAACCUCUCAGCAUCAUGGACCACCAGCCGACCUGCGACUUCUCAACGAAAACCAAAAGAGGAGUGUACCUUUCAAAAAGUUUGACAUUUGUAAUCCUAGCCAUAUUUGCUUUAGCAAUCGUUGCUACAGCAUUCUUAGUUUAUAAUUUCGCGGCGUGCCCAAGAACUGACCAGCUAGCUAAUGUGACCAAAUAUGAACUAACUCAUUGUGAUCCUCCUAAACUCUCAGUGAUACCAUUAAGUACAGAUCAUAGUAGAAGUGUUUUACCAAUUGAAACUACGGCGAACCCCGUAGAAGAUAUUACUGAAGAAUCAAUACCGACUAUCACAGACGUCAGAUUACCAACGAAUAUCAAGCCUGAGAAAUAUUAUAUAAAAUUAACUCCAUACAUUUAUGAAGGAAAUUUCACUUUUGAUGGUGAAACGAGUAUAGUGUUAACAGUUAAAAAUGAUACACAGCAGAUAACGUUUCAUGGAGUUGAAUUAACGUUUAAAAAUAUUGAAGUUUUCGACAAAAGUGAAGGUAAAGCUUUGAAGGUUACUAGAAGAACAGAAGAUGUGGCAAGACAGUUUCACGUAGUGUCAGUGGCCGAAACAAUGAAGGCUGGUCAGCAAUAUGUGUUGAACAUAACGUUUGUAGGCAUUUUGAAUGACAAUCUGCAUGGGUUCUACAGAAGUUCUUAUGAAGACAAAAAUGUCACCAGAUGGAUCGCAGUAACCCAGUUCCAAGCUACGGACGCACGCCGAGCGUUCCCGUGCUGGGAUGAGCCAGCUCUCAAAGCAAAGUUUACCAUCAGCAUAGCUAGACCCAACAAUAUGUCGUCGGUCUCCAAUAUGAAUAUUGUUAAGCGGGAAAUUCAUGAAACGCUCAAUAACUACGUAUGGGACCACUAUGCCGAAUCCCUUCCGAUGUCCACGUAUCUCGUCGCGUUCGCCGUCACCGACUUUGGCAAUAUGAGCGACAGAAAUUUCGCAGUGUGGGCAAGAAAGGAGGCUUUGCCCUCAGCUGAAUACGCCCUUGAAAUUGGGCCGAAGAUAUUGAUGUUUCUAGAAGAAUAUUACAUGAUCAAGUUCCCGCUACCGAAGGUUGAUAUGAUCGCGUUGCCUGAUUUCAAGGCAGGCGCUAUGGAGAACUGGGGAUUACUCACUUUUAGAGAAAUAGCAAUGUUGUACGAUAGCGGCGUGUCUCCAACGACGUCGAAGGCUCGAGUCGCUGCGGUGGUAGCCCACGAGAUUGCGCACCAGUGGUUUGGUAACCUCGUCACUCCUGCCUGGUGGUCGGAUAUCUGGUUGAAUGAAGGAUUCGCGAGCUACGUAGAAUACGUCGCUGUAGAUGCUGUAGAGAAGACAUGGAAGCUGAUGGAGCUGUUCGUUCUGAAUGAGGUACAGAGUGUGUUCAAGUUGGACGCUCUGACGUCAUCGCACCAGAUAUCGGUGGAGGUUGGGAACCCAGAUGAAAUUGGGGCUAUUUUUGACAAAAUAUCGUACGGAAAAGGAUCAGCUAUCCUGCGAAUGAUGAACCACUUUCUAUCAGACGACAUCUUCAACGCUGGUAUAACAGACUACCUGAACGCGAAGAAAUACCGAGACGCCGAACAGAGAGAUCUAUGGAGUGCUCUCACGAACGCUGCAAGACUGAAGGGCGCUUUAGAAGUAGACGUGGCAGUCGUGAUGGACUCGUGGACUUUGCAGACUGGAUUCCCAGUCUUGACGAUCUUGAGGAAUUAUGAUACUGGAGCAGUUCAGUUCAAACAGGAGAGAUUCGUUCUAAUCAGCAACACUUCUAUAGACCAAAAAUCCCCAGUGUGGUGGAUACCAGUUUCUUACACUACGGCUGCUGAGAAGGACUUUGAAUCUACCAAACCUAAAGUUUGGCUCAGAGGAGAGAAGUCUAUUGAAGUCAAUAAUAUCACCGCUAACACAAAUGACUGGUUGAUUGGAAACAUUCAACAGACUGGCUUCUACCGCAUAAACUACGACGCUAAGAACUGGCAUCUUCUCAUUAAGGUCUUAAAUGACCCUAAAAGGUUCGAAGAGAUCCACCCCAUUAACCGAGCUCAGAUCAUCGAUGACGCUAUGAACUUAGCGCUAUCUGGCAGACUGGACUACAAGACAGCAUUAGAUAUCACCAGCUAUCUGACACAUGAGAGGAGUUAUGUGCCAUGGAAAGCGGGGUUGGUGGCGUUAGGUUACAUUGACACGAUGCUGUCUAAAGGAGCGUACUAUUUGGAGUAUAAGAGAUAUGUCCUUCGUCUGCUUACUGGAGCUGUAGAAGACCUGGGAUGGGAGGUAUCAUCAAACGAGAGCGUGGUACGAGCCAUCCAUCGGGUGGACAUGCUAUCUACUGCUUGCCAUCUCGAACAUCAAGACUGUAUGGAACAUGCUGUCAGAAUGUACGCGAAUUGGAUGCUGUCGGCUAACCCUGAUGCUUUUAAUGAGAUCCAUGCAGAUGUUCGCAGCACAGUAUACUGCGUCGGCGUGCAAACGGGAGGUGCGCGGGAGUGGUGGUUCGCCUGGGAACGGUUCAAAGUCGCCAGUCAGCCUUCUGAGAGGGAGUUACUGCUUUCUGUAUUGGGAUGCACAAGAUCACCGUAUUUACUAUACAGAUACUUGGAGCUGUCCCUGCGCAACGACAGCAGUAUUCGCAAACAGGACACAGUACGAGUGUUCUCUGCUGUUGCUGCGUCUGCGAUAGGAGAACCUAUAGCUUUCAACUUCGUCAGAGCUAAUUUGCAAAGGCUCAAAGAAUACGUGGGAUCUGUAUCAACACUGAAUUCGAUCCUGAAAGUGGUGACACGAAGGUUGAACCAACCCCAUGAAUAUGAAGAGCUGAAACGAUUCGUAAACGAAUCAUGGCCCGAGCUGGGCCGACCGGUCCAGCAAGUUUUAGAGCGAACAGAAGCCAACGUGCAGUGGAUGGAACGAAACUACCAAACGAUAAUCGACUGGCUAAUGGUUGCUGACAAGAACUCAACCAAAGCCUGGUGACUGAGCUAGGCUUGUAGUCGAAAUUUUAUAAGAACAUCUCUAGAAACAAACUUAUAUACUCGUAGGUGGUAACAAAAAAGCAUAGACUCAAUUUUAUUUUGGGAUCGAUCGAGUUGAUUUAUGUAGACGAUUUUCUGAUCAUGUCUCGACUACAUACAAUAUAUUUUGUCACGGCACGGUAUUCAGAUAAAUUGUACUACAAUUUCUAAAAGAACCUACCUGUACGAUCUCUGCGGCUUAAUGGUCGGACUACAACACUGGAGGUCCCCGGGUUCGAACCACGGUCAGCUUAAGAUGGAAAAUGAUCUUUAUCAGUUUGACCUGAGUCCUGAGUAUGUAUUUGUUAUAGAAUAUAAUAUCGUUGAAUUGGGAUACUCCCAUAACUCGAACUUACUUUGGGGCUAACUCAAUCAGUGUGAUUUGUCCAUAUAUAUACUUACCUAUUUAUUAUUUUUUUAUUUUAAAUAAGAAUCUCAUUGUUUUUAUACAAUAUGAAUUCGUUUCAAAUAAUAUUGAGUUUGUUUCUAGAUAAAUUAAGUUAGUUUUUGAGGUGUUCAGUAGUAAGUUUCGUACGAUUAGUCAUUAAUUUAAGAUACAUAAUAAGCGUAUAAGUGGUUUUUAUUAUAAAGUUAUCUACGUUUUAUGCUUGCUAGGCCAAUGUGGACACAAAUAUAAUAAAAAUGAACAAUACAGGCGAAAAAUUGUGCUAAUAAUAACAAUUUAUGCCAUUAUUGAAAAAAAAAUGGCAAAACAAAGUACAAUUGUCCUUUUAUCAUUAAAGAAUUAGCCAAUUAUUUAUAGGAAAUUAAUUUAUUCUGUUAGUCAAUCAUAGAUAAUUCGAAGUUAUGUUUAGAAUAAGUAAUAUUAAUUAGUACAUAUUUUGUAACUCGUUUUAUAAGUACACAAAUGCUAUUAACUGUGUAAUCAAUUUAAAAUGUGUAUAGAAUAUGUUAAUUAUAAUUUUUUUAACAAGGAAUUUAUGACAAUGUGAAUAUCUGAGAACAAUAUCCGUAGUGCGACUUUGCUAAUUACAACUCACCAUCGAGUCGAUUCGCAGUGAGACGCAGCUAACCAAUCACGCAUGACGCAACGUCAACCACACUGCAAUGUGGUUCGCUGCGUCUCACUUCGAAUCGAUUCGACGGUGAGAAGUGACAUGCAAACCCACCAUCUGCGCUCACAGAUUAAAUUAAAUUAUUUCUUCAAAAUAUAAAUACAUAUUUAAAAGUUUGAAACGUCUUAUUUAAAAUUAAACUAGUCAUUAUCACAACACGAUUGUUUUUUCUAAAGCACUUACUUUCUACUAAUAACUUUACCAGCAUUCAAUAUUUAAAUAUUGGUAAAAACGCUUUUUAAUUGAUAAGGCACUAUAUUAUAUAUUUUAAUACUUUACAUUCUGCAUUUCUACUUCAGGGAAAAACAAACUUAAUAUGUGACGUGUCACGCAAAAAUUUAUCUUAUGGAGUAAGGGCAUCUAUAAUAAAAAUGAACAAGUAAAACGUCUUAAGCGACUUGCUUUCAUAAGUCGAAUACUCACAUUGACAUGGGAAUUAAUUCACAUUAUUACAAGCUUUUAUAUAACUUGCAAUGUAAGUAGCUGUACCUAUGUAUGUUAGAGUGGAAUCUUGUAACUCAAUUUUUAAGCAGAUAUCUUCAACCGAUUGAGCUGAAAUUUUAAUUGUACACGCGUUUAGUUUGGAUGACAAUGCUUUAUUACAAGUAUGCACCGAGGAACGGCUCCCGACGAAAAACUUCCCAAUGUAAUUUACUGUACGGAUAUGAUUUUAUUUUGUCACGCAUUGAUUGCAACAAGAUCACUAUGAAAACAAUAAAAGCUUGUGUCAAAAAUGAAAAUUUUGUAAAAAAAAAAAAAACUUAUGCAAUUAGUCUGAGUGAGUAAAGUAUCUGAUUGAAGAACCUAACGAAGCGCUUAAUUACAAAUAAUGUUAUGAAAUUGUUAUUAACGUGAACAUUAUUUGAUAGAUAUAUCUCAAUCCCAACUUUAUGAUUCAAUAAAUAGACAUAAGUACAUAUUAUUACCUAUACUAAUUUUACUAUGUUUAAAGCCCAUCUGAUAAUUUAAGAAACAGGAAACCUACUGGAAUAUUGUGUAAAAUUUGGAAUUUGGAA